GGCCACCGCGGCCUCCGGAUAAGACUCGAUGGUGACAGAUUGAGAUGAGCAGGCCAUGGCGUACAGUGACAGUUAAACCACAGCGUAGAAGUCAAUUCCACAUAUCCUGGAGAGGGUGUAAGAGUUAGUGGUUGUUGGGCAGACAGCAAAAGGAUGUUGUUUGGGUGGGGAAGAUCGGGAGAACCGGGAGAGGCGGAGAAAACGAGUACCAAAAUACGUACAAGAAGAGAAAACUAAUAAAUAUGCAAGGAGAGGAGAGGAUGGAGAAAUUAAGGAGAGACGAAAGAGAGGAGAGGGCAAUCCAACAGCAGCCAGUACAGUUAGAAAGGGCGAGGUUGAAAGGAGAAGUCAGAAAGAGGAGGAGAAGGAAAAGGACUAAAGAAAGAGAAAGAGGAGAGAGACAGAUUCCAAUGAAGUGGGGAGGUUCCAAAAGAUUAGUUCCGGCUGCUUCGUCUCCGAAUCAUCGACCACUCACUGAGCUGGCGCUGAAACGGCCUUUUUCAUUUCCGCCCGGUCUUUCAACCUCAUUGAGUCUACGCGCCAUUCUUCUUCAUCCCAACCUUUCAGUGGCUACUGUCAUAAACCCUACCUUAUCUCUCAGCCCAUCAGCGACCGCAGCUGCUCCACGUUGGCGUUGAUUUCCUUGCCACCAGCCACCUCCGAACCAACAAACACUUAACUCU